AUGGAUCUGCUCGAGAACCAGGUCAGCGACCUGAAAUACCUAACGCAGAACGCCAUCACCCCCCUGGCCGAGACGACCCCGACCGGCUUCACGCCGCAGAGCGCAGUCUCGCCGGUUUCCGCGGUCGGCCAUAAUUCCGCACACCACCAGCAUCAGCACCACCACGACGCCCACCACCAGCAGACCGCAGGAGGCGACCCGAAUGCAGCCUCCAUGUCCGCCGGCGCCAAGCGGAAGGGUGCGCUGGACGACGAGGACUCCCCUAAUGCCGGCGGCAGCAGUAAGCAGCAGCGCAGCAAGCGCAAUCGAUACAUCUCCAUAGCCUGCAACGAGUGCAAGCGGCGCAAGAUCAAGUGCAAUGGCGAGACCCCCUGCCAGAGGUGCGGCAACCUCAACCUGCAAUGCCUCUACGCCCCCAACUGCUGCUCCACCAACUUCAAGGACUCGGACGAGUUCAAGCACAUGAACAACACCGUCUCGCGCCUCCAGGAGCAGGUCGAGACCCUCUUCAACAACCUCAACUCGCUCCGAUCCGAGACCCUGCGCCUCGCCCCCAUCCAGGGCCAGGACCGAGUCCUCCCUCUCCCGGGCGCCCCAAAUACGAGCACACCGUCGCCGUCCACCAGCUCCGCCGCUCCUGCCCACCGCCCUGAUGUGUCGCAUCCCCGCCAGCCCGGCUUUCGGGGCCCGACGAGCACCCACUUCAGCCUCGAUGUCGCCAAGAACACGCUCCAUAAGAUGGGCUACAGCAACCCGGCAGACGAGGCCCAGGAGGAGAAUGCGUCCAACCUGGAGGACACCCCGGGCACGUCCCCCAUGCUUGCGCCGCUGGCGCCCGACCCCCAGCUGCGCGCUCCAGAUCCGCUGUGGGAGUUCGACAAGGACGAGAUGAUCCGUCUGUGCCGGGUAUACGAGGAAGAGGUCGGCAUCAUGUAUCCCGUCAUCCGGGUCGAGACCGUGGUGAACCACGUCAAGAUCCUCUCCUCCUGGAUGGAGGCUGCAAGGAAGCAUUUCCAGCACCCACCCGUCGCCCAGGACAGCGGCAUAUCGGAUCGCAAGACGAUACAGCUCAAGAUGGUAAUGUGCACAGCCUUGAUCGUCGAGGAGCACGGUGAUAGCGACAAGGCCAUUCGAUUGUUUGAGACCGUUCGGCCUUUUCUUGACAAGAUGCUUAUGAGCGACCCGAGCGAUGUCGCGAACCUUCCAUUACUCGUACUUCUGGGUGGCUAUAGGUUCUUGGCCAACGAUGAGGUCCUGGCUUGGCGAGUCAUUGGGCAGGGUCUACGGUUGUGCAUCGAGCUUGGCCUGCACCGUCGCGAUGCUAUCCUACGGAUCCCAGAUGAAGAAGACAGACGGAAUGCCAUCCAUUCGUUCUGGAGCUGCUACGUGCUCGACAGACGAUGGAGCUUUGGAACAGGACUGCCUUAUGUCGUUGCAGACGAGGAGAUUGAUCCCAAUCUUCCCUUGCCGGAUCAACACCCAUAUCUCGUGGCCAUGAUAUCCUACUCACAGCUCAGCGCGAGGGUAUGGCGCCUCGUGCGACAUUUCGAGCCCAACAUGGCCAUGGAUCUGCGCCAGAACGACAUUGAGGAUUUGGACCGCCAAAUCAAACAGUGGUAUAGCGAAGUACCUGCAGAAGUUCGGCUUGACCUUCCAGACUGGGAAACCAUGCCUCGCCAUCUGAUGCCUCCUGUGCACUCACAAAAGGACUACAACAUCCAGCGUCUCCAGAUAUGGACAUAUCUACGCCUAAAUCAGAUCCGCACUUGGCUGCACAUGCCCAUUCUGCAUACCCACAGCAGCAUCAUGGAGAACCUGCGCGGCGCUGAACGAGCAGUCAAGCUGGCAAAGAACACGAUCAAGUACUUGGCACACUUGAACAGCACCACCAACGUGUAUCGCAAGAUCCAGGUUUUCUACCAUCAGUUCCUCACAUCAGCUAUCGCCGUCCUAUUCCUGGCCUCCUGCCACGCGCCCGUCAACUUCAGCGCCAGCUGCCGUGACGAAUUCUACAUCGCCCUCGAGCUCGUCCGCGAUCUGAGCUCCAAGUCUUGGGUGUCGCAGCGGCUCUGGCGUACCAUCAAGUCGUUGAAGGAGGUGGCGCCGCGUCUCGGCCUGGCCGAGGCCGAGGACCCGCACUCAUCCGCUGCCCUCACAAUGGCAGGGUUGGCAACCGGCCACAUGGGCCAGAAGGCUGCGACCCCGCCGGCUGUCGAUCCGAACACAGCAGCCUCCUUCAACCGCCCGAUCCCGACGUCGGCCCCUGGCGCGGCCGCGCCCAUGGUCGACGGCGCGCAGAACGGAUGGCAGAUCUCGACCGAGAUGUCGCGGAUCUUCGAGGGCUACAUGGGCAUGAACGGCAUGCCACCACCGUCCCUCCUCGACGAUAUGGGCGUCCCCGGCGGCGCCUUGGGCGGCGACCCGACCCAGAGGACCACGGCUGACUUUCAGCCCCAGCCGGUGCCUGACGACGCCGUGUCGGGGCCGUUCGGCGUCCGGGUUCCGGGCCAGGGGAACGGCAGUGUCUAUAGUCACUUCAGGGACAUGUUUUGA